GCACACAGUUUGUGGGAUUGUUUGAUUGCACAUUACCUGCAGCGGUGUGACACGUUUGUUGUGCUGAUAGUGUCGUGUGUGUGUGUGUGUGUGUGUGGGGGUUGGUGCGCUCGUGCUAGCAGUGAAGUGUGCAAAUUAGAGCUCAAGUUUAAACCACAGAAACGACCCAAACGAAGCAAUCGUUCCAAGAUGGAUAUCGGAGGAGCAUAUGGUGGUGGUAAAGCCGGAGGUGCAUUCGAUCCUAUUGCGUUCGUACAGCGCCCGACGGUUAUAUUGCGUGCCGUUUGCUGGCUGUUUGCCAUCAUCGUGUUCGGCUGCAUAUCGUCCGAGGGAUGGCGGGAGGAGGCGAACGGCAAGGAGUAUUGCAUAAUUAAUCGCGACGGCAACGCUUGCAACUAUGCGGUCGGUAUCGGUGUGAUCGCCUUCCUUGCCGCGAUGGGCUUCAUCGCGGGCGAGUAUCUGUUCGAGCAGAUGUCGUCGGUCAAGACGAGAAAGCACUACGUGCUGGCCGAUCUGGGCUUUUCCGCGUUCUGGUCAUUCCUGUUCUUUAUCGGUUUCUGCUACCUCACCAACCAGUGGGGCAAGGCGGACGAUCCACCGAACGGCGAGGGUGUGAACAAUGUGCAGGCUUCCAUCGUGUUCUCGUUCUUCUCCAUCUUCACCUGGGCCGGCUGUGCGUACUUUGCGUUCCUCCGCUUCAAGGCCGGCGUAGAUCCGUCGUUCUCCUCGACGUACGAGUCUGAUCCGAGCGCUGCCCAGCAGUACGCCGCCUAUCCGGCCUCGAACGAGAACGAUCAGUUCCAGGAGGCACCGUUCUCGGGCCAACAGCAGCAGCAGCAGCAGCAACAGCGAGGUAUGUACACAGCAGACUACUCGCAGCCCACGUACUAAGUAAGCUGAUCUUGAUGUUAUUCCCUACGUAACCAGAAGGCUUUACAGUGAAGAACAAAUCCGACGGUUCGAUUUGAUUACUUUCGCAAAGAACAACUGUUGCUCCUUGCGGUGGAUGGAGCUGACAUUAAAUUGUACCUAUGUUUUACGAUUCGAUCGCUAGAACCACAUAUUUCCAUGGACCAUUCCCGAUUGGAAAGCGUAACUAUGUUUUAGUUUGUUUUACAUUGGUUUCCCAACAAAUACUUCAAACUAGUCACAUUGCAAAUGCCCCGUAACGAAACUAAGAACCAAAAGUUAAUACUAAUAUACAAAGACAUACUACAAAUAGGAUAGAGCACCUCUGAAUCUUACGCAUUAAUUUGGACAUUUGGGAAUGCCUGCCCCGAUGGUUUAAUAGUGGCAAACCGAAAACUUAGGCCACCUUCCAAUGAAAGGUGCGGAAUGGAAUAAGGUGUAGAACAACUGAAAGUAUAUGUUACCAAAGAGUAUUGGCAUCACUGCAAACCCACACACACACAUACACACAUUGCACACACACACAGUCAUGUGGCGUGAUACGUUUAAUAGAACAAAAUCUGGAUCUAGAUCAUGUUUGUAGCUAUUGUAGUCUGGAUGUAUUUAUCUCUGUGGCAUUUCAACGUCGCUAGCGUCGCGUCAAACGUUUAGCAUUGCCAUUCGUUGUGAGAUCCGACAUGACGACAUGUUGAUAACAGUUGGAACUAGUUGACUGCUGGAAGAAUUUAAACAAACCAAAAUGAUUAUUGUAGAGCAAGAAAACAAAAGACGAUGUCUUUUCAACCCACUCGUUUCAUAAUCGCAACCACUAAGGACAUCGAUCAGCCUUCCAAAUGGAGCAAAUACGGAAAGCCGAUCUGGCGACAUAACUUUCGAGCGGCAUUUCAGUAGUGAAAAGAAGAUGUUCAACAUUCGAUUAGUGAUUAUGUACGCAACCAAGGAUAUAGAUAAUGCUUACCAUCAAAGCAAAUUGCGUUUAGCGGACUAAAGUCGGCAAACAACAAUAUUUAUUGAAGUGUAUUUUUAAUCAAAUUGUUUAGUUUAUUUAUUUUACAGCUGUUGACGAUCAAUCGCAGAGGAUCGCUGUCGUUCGCUCUUCACACUCGUAGGAUUCUAUUUGGUGCGAAGAGGCGUACUAUUUUUAUUGCGCCUGCCAUUGCUAAAGAUUUCAAGCUCUGCUCAGGCAAACACUCCCCAUGUCGUAUGGUAAUGAGAUAAAACGAAGCAUCAAAGGAUCAAAGCUUGGCAAAUAGAAUCAGUCAUAUCGAAUCUCAAUCUCUUGCCCACCUUCAUUGAUUCGGUCAAGCACAAUCGACAGUGCUACGUAAUGUUUGGUUACGAUAGUUCAAACUGACGCUGAAUUUAGAUACCAAGAAAGCUUAAAUCAGGUUUUGAGAAAAGGAAAACUGAAACGUAAAUUGGAAACCUCUGUCGAGAGAAUAUUUAAUACCAGUUGCAACGAGUGCGAAAAGUACCACAAAAACCAUUAAAUCCAAUCAUAAUUUUUAAAUGCUUAAAGUACCGAAUGUGGUUAAAUCUUAUGAAUGCUGUUUCAUUACAUAAAACGCAAAACACACACACACACGAUUCAAAAAUACACUCACAUAGUUGUAACGCAACAAUCAUAAAUAUUCAAACAUAAAGCAAACCAAGUAUGAAAACGAUUGCAGGAGAAGAGCGACUUUGCGACUGGAUUCGCAAAAAGAAAAACGUUCAAAAACAAAAGCAUACAAAAACAUUUGUAAUUUUGGAUUGGUAUCAAGGCGCUUCCUCUCCAGCAGCAGGGACCCAUACCUGAACAGACAAAACACACCCUUACACGUACACAAGUUUUUGGGAGAGAAGGUAGAACAGUAUCGAUGCUCAUUGGUCAAAAAAGAAAGAAAAUACACAUUUACACAUUCGUUGCUAAAGGAAAUAAUUAUCGAUAAUAACAAAACAAAAAAAUCUAUACAAAUGAAAACAUAAAUCGGAUCUACACAUAAUAAAAUACGAAUGAAGUAUGAAGAAAGACGUGUGAGGAAAGAAGGAAAGAAAGAAACUGUGUGUGUUCUGUAGCUGAUAUCUAAAGAAAACGUUACGAGGAUAUGAUUAGAACAAAUCGAAAACAUAAGCAGAAGGGAAGAAAAAAAACAACGGAAACUAAUACUUAGAUCAACCAACAAGCAAACCAGUUUGAAUGUAAUAAGGAAAAUACCAUCACACAUGAUUAAACGCCCAAACUUAUUUAUGCCAUCCUACUUUAAUUAGCAGAACCUACUGACAGAGGCUGGUAAGGGGAAGUGGCAACGUUGGCUUAUGUGCGGCUACAUCGCCUACAUUAAGUUCUUUAUUAACACGCAACCAAAGUAACGAAUAAAACAAAAGAGAAGACAAAAACAAACCAAAACAAUGUUAUAAAUAUACAUCGUGCACUAUUUAUAUAUGAAUACAAGUUUCACGACAGCUGAAAGCUAUAAGAGAAAAUUUAGAGAAGAAUGGUACUGUUAAAUGAAAAAAAAAGAAUAAAGGAAGAAAAUAGUAACACUACUUUGAACACCUAAAGAGAAACAUUGACAAAUACACGUACGUUACCGUUGAACAGAGAGAAAUAACGAGAAAGGAAGUGAAAGAUGGUAUAGAGAAUGAAAAAUAUCCGACACACAAAGCGUAAGAAAGAAAACAAAUCGAUAUAUUUACUUGCUGGUUGCAUUGUAGUGAGCAUUAUUCGUUUACGUUGUUAUAAAAGUGUGCGAAACCUAUUGUAAAUAGAAACAAUAAGGAGAAGACGAAAAACAAAACAAAACAAAA